AUACUGCUUGAUAUUAUUUAAGAUAUUUAACAUCCAUUUAAAAUUGUUUAAAAACUUGCAAAACAUUAAAAAUGUGCUAGCAAUAGUACCGUUACAUAUUCUUAAAUUCUUAAGUUGACCAGUCAAUUAUCUUACUGUUUAAAGCUCUGGGUUUGCUCGCAGUUCCGCUCGUCUGUAUGUACAGCUGUGUGCGCGGGCCCGCCGGCAGGGGCGCGCGCCUCUUACUUUUCUCGGCUUCACGCUGAGUGCCGCUAAUUUAAGCACCUCGGACAGCGACGGAGUAGCAGACGAUUAGUCGCGCUCUGUGAGUACGGAUCAAUAGACGCGUCUUAAAAGUUCCGACAACAAACCUCUGUGCUGGAGCUAUGAAAAAGGCCAUCGUAUUUAUCUUGAUUUUGUUCUUUUUAAUGUACUCUGUUAUCCAGUCCCGUCGUGUAGAAGACAGGUGGCUGGACGAAUUUCCUGCUAAAACAAUUGAUAGCGAGCAAGAAAAGGAACUGCUUGGUGCUCUUCAGGAGGUUCUAGAGAAACUUCAGCACAGAAGACUGUCAACAUGGGACAAGAAGUUUAGUCGAGUUCCUAGGUGUGCGAUUGGAGACUACUGCUCAGUGAAGAAGGGAGCCCGCUUUGGGAAACUCUGUGACUGCCCGCAGGAAGCCUCUUGUAAUUUCUUUUUCCUGAAAUGCUUGUAAACAGACUGCUUCUGUCUCUGCUAGCCUGGGCACUGUAUAUACACAAUAUGAUAACUGUACAGAAAUCUUUAUUCUAAGAUACAAAUGUUUGUUGAAAAAAUAAUUUAUUUUUGUGAUCAUAAUGACCUUUCCUUUUAUACCUGGAAAAUGUACAAUUGCAAUUCAUUAUGUUACAUUUGAGAAAUGCAGAGGGGUGCGGGCUUCAGGCAAUAGCAACCACUGCUUGUUAGAUAUGGCGUAGUCCUAAACAUCACAGAUCCAUCAGCUUGGAUCUACCAUUAAAGCACAACAUUUAGGACUAAAACGUUCAGUUGUGUAUUUUCUUGUUCUGUAUAAUAAAUGGUCAAAUUUCAAAAUAAAAGUUUAUUUUUUGUGUUCA